UUUUGAACCAUCGGCGGAGAGCGCGAGCAACAAGUGGCGUAGCCGUCGUAGCGCUUGACAUCGUAGCAAAAAAAGAAGUUCUUAAAUAGAAAUUUUCUAUAGUUACAAAGACGAAUCCAUUCAAAAUGAAAUCGGCGAGCAUACACAACGCCAGCGCGGUGAUAGUAGUGGGUACUGUUGCUCUGCUUUUCGUGACAGCUUUCGCUGCGCCAGUGGAAUCCGACGACGAGCAAUCAGAGAACGCGCUGGUGGCGCGCCCCGACGAGCUGGACGCGCAGGCCCCCUGGGACGCCGUCGACACCGCCGCGCUGCGCAAGCUGCUGCUGCAGCUUGAUGCCGAGAACAGGAUGGGUCGAGUAAGUCGGUCAUGGCCGCAAGCCGAGCCCCGCGGCUGGGGACUGCGGACGCUGGACGGGCGGCUGGCGCGGCAGUGGCGGGCCGACAAGAGGCAGGUUCGAUUCCGCCAGUGCUACUUCAACCCCAUCUCCUGUUUCCGCAAGUAAACUGGCAACACUGGGACGCGACACACGACUUACUAAAUCCAUAGAUGUGUAAUGAAAUAUUUUUUGAGAUCCUUAUGCGCAUUCAUAACUCUAUGGAACUAAUGGCCAUAUCGAAUCUUGUUUAAAACAAACAAAAGCAAAUGGAUGUGGUAAACGAGUGUAAAUAAAAUACUAAACGCUUGACUUCUAUUAAUUAAAUUAUAACAAUUAGUGUCGGACAUUUAAUUCUAGUCAAUAAAUUAAUAUUAACAUUCCAAUUAUUUUUCCCUUUUUCAAUGGAUAACAUGAAAUUAGUAAUCUUAAUAAUGGCCUAUAUUUAAUGUUAGAAUACAUUGUCAUAUGUAUUUUUAAACUAUUAUACUGUAAACAAAUACGUUCGGGAAAAACAAAAUAGUUAAAAUAACGAGAAACAAAAAAAAUCUAAUGGAACUACUCUUGUCAAUACAAACAAAUAUUGUAACCACUUUUCCAUCUUCACAACAAAUUAAAUUGAAUUCACAACAGAGUAUAAUGUAUUUGUAUUUUACAUCUAUAAGUUAUUGGAAGUAUUUUGCAGGAUAACUCUUUCAUACAAGUUCAUCUAAAUUUUUUACUUUUUUCAGUCUCUUUUUUUCUCGCUGUUGUUAUUACAAAAACUUUAAUUCUCUGUAUUUAUAUCUUGAUGUAUAUUUUUAUAUGAUAUGAGUACUUUUUAAAUUAUAUCACAUUGAUAAAUAAAUGUGGAAUCAUUAACAACAUAUGUGUAGAUAAAUGUUAUGAUUGAUCCCUAUCUUAUAAA